GUUUCCGUAUUGCGUCAUCUUUAUGCGACCGACGUGCGACGGACUACUGAUAUUUAAUUGUAAUUUUUUUAACAUGUAGAGAAAGCGGUGGGCUCAUCAGCAUGGCCGCUAGGACGCUGCAGGAGCUGGUGUCCGCCGCUGCCUCUGCGCACUGGGACAGGGCGGCAGUGACUUAUGAUAGCGGCUCCGUGUCAGACAGCCCCGCGUCCCUGAUCUACAGAGACCUGGUUGAACUGGCCGCCGAACUGGCUCAUGUUUUGCGAAUUAACUGCGGUCCUCAUAGCGGCGUUAUCGGCCUGUGUUGCGCCGAUGAUCUGUUUCUACCGGUGUGGAUUCUGGGGAUCCUGCAGUCACCUGCAGCCUAUGUUCCCCUGGACCCAGAGGCUCCGGGACUUCUCUCUGCCAGAGUCAUUAAGAUGAGCGGUCUCAAGUACUGUGCUGUGAAGACGGACCUUCUGCAGAGGUUCCAAACUACACUUAUCAAACACGCGGCUGUGGAGGUUUGUGUGGUGUUGUCCAAGUUCAACUUAACCCUGAUACAAAUCAAGCCACUGCCAGUCGCACAACAUGGUCGAGGACUGGAGCAAACUGUGGCGCAGACGGCUUAUGGUGCUGAUCUCAGUGAUGCAGCAGGGGUGGAAAAGGACACUGGACAUCAGGACUUGGCCUAUGUGCUCCACACAUCUGGAACAACAGGCCUCCCUAAGAUUGUGAGGGUCCCGCAUAAAUGUAUACUCCCAAAUAUCCUGCACCUGAGAACUUUGUUUCAGAUGAGACCAGAUGAUGUGGUUUUCUUGGCCUCACCGUUGACCUUUGACCCCUCUGUUGUGGAGAUGUUUCUUACCUUAUCAUCUGGAGCUCGGCUUCUUAUCGUUCCUACUGUUAUGAAGAAAAUUCCCAAUAGCCUAGCUCAACUUCUGUUUAGGAAUCACAAGGCAACUGUCCUACAGAUCACACCUACUCUGCUCGCUCGAUUCGGGCACCGCAUCAUUCGCGACAAGGUGCUGUCGCCCGGCUCCUCGCUGCGGGUGUUGGCUCUGGGUGGAGAGGCCUGUCCCUCACCCGCUCUGCUGAGGAGCUGGAAGCACAAGGAUAAUAAAACGCACAUCUACAACAUCUAUGGUAUCACUGAGGUUUCCUGCUGGGCCUCUUGCUACAAAAUACCCGAGUCUCUGUUGCAGUCCAGCAAUGGGUCCUCCAGCACUCUUCCUUCUGUGCCUCUUGGGACUCCUCUGAUGGGUACUGUGAUGGAGGUCCGCGAUGAACAUGGUGCAGUUGUAACAGAGCGUGAGGGACAAGUUUUCAUAGGUGGAGAGGACAGAGUUUGCCUCCUAGAUGAUGAGCAGACAGUCAUCGCUGGGACAAUGAGAGCUACUGGAGACUGGGUGAACGUACGGGACUCGCAGCUCCACUAUGUGGGACGUAGAGACAGGCUGAUUAAACGUCAUGGGAAGAGAGUUAACUUGGACAGCAUACAGCAACUCAUCGGGACUCUGCCUGAAGUGGAGGCCUGUGUCGUGGGUCUGUACAAAGGCUCUCGGCUCGUUGCCUUCGUUGUGCCAUCCACAUCUGGAGAUCAGGAAGCAGCUUCCCCUCUCUCGCCCAUACGGCAACGUGAGAGACGAACACCUGCAUCCUCGGCAGAGCGUCAGGAGGAUGCAUCGUCCCCCGUCGCCCAGCGUCAGAGCGAGACGGGGAGUGCAGGAAUUCUGAAGCAGCUGUCUCUGCUGCUGCCGUCUUACAGUGUUCCUGACUCAGUGGUGCUCAUCCCAGCCUUACUUCUGACUCAUCACGGUAAAGUAGAUAUGGAGGCACUUAUGAAAAUAUACCAACGACAGAGACGUCUUUUACAGUCCCAAUGUAAAGAUGUCAUCAGCCUGAAGAAGAUGCUUCAGCUUUUAUGGCAGGAAGCUCUAAAUCUUCCCGAAGACGCAACCAUCAGUGAAGAAUCCAACUUCCUGGUGAGUGGAGGUGACUCUUUGAAAGCGCUGUGUCUUUGCGAAGACAUUGUGACCACUGUAGGAAUCGACUCAUCAGAGCUUUUGGAGAUUAUUCUCGACAGAACAUUUUCUGACAUCCUGCACCACGUUGCUGGACAAACACUGCCAGCAUCACUAUCUGUGGGCAACAGACAACAAACUGAUGCUCAGCCGGAGGAUUUGGCAAAGAAAAAGCGGAGAGCGACUGAAUCUCAUGCAUUAGAGGAGAUGCACAAAAAGGAAAGGGUUCUUAAAGUUAUAAGACGAGCAAAUGAGCUGACGGAAGUGAAUAUCAGACGUCCCGAGAAAGCUGCAAGCUCGUGGGUUGGUCCGUUCGGAGCUCUGGACAUCAGUCUGAGCUGGUCCUCAGACACAGGCAGGUGCGUGGACGCAUCCCCCGUGGUUUUGGUGCAAGAAGGGACAAAUCAGAAAGGGCGCGCUACAGUUUUCAUCGGCUCACACUCGCACAGGGUCCAAGCCUUAGACCUGGACUCUGGGAGUCUUCUGUGGGAGCGAGUUCUCGGGGGCAGAAUUGAGGCCUCAGCUGCUGUGUCUCACUGCGGGACCCUGCUCGUUAUUGGUUGCUACGAUGGCUGUGUGUAUUUCUUGUGCACCGCUACGGGAGAGACGCGCUGGAUGUUUGAGACGGGAGACGCAGUGAAGAGUAGUGCUGCUGUGGAUCCCCUCAGAGGUCUGCUGAUGGUGGGCUCACACGACGGACACGUCUACGCACUGAACCCAAAGGUGCGCCAGUGUGUUUGGAAGCAUCACUGUGGGGGUGGGGCCGUGUUCUCUUCUCCGUGCAUCCACCCCUCUCACAGACAGCUGUACGUGGCGUCACUGGGAGGACACCUGCUCUGUCUGGACCCAGGGAGUGGAGAGGUUCUGUGGUCACUUCGUAGAGACGUCCCGUACUUCUCGUCGCCAAACUGCUCCUCUGGUCACAUGCUGAUCGGCUCAGUGGAUGGAAACAUCUACUGCUUCAGCGAUGCGGGGAAGCAGCUCUGGCGGUUUGAGACCAAAGGGCCGAUCUUCUCCUCCCCGUGCGUCACGCCCGACCAUCGGAUGGUUCUGUGCGGGUCACACGACGGCGUCCUGUACUGUUUGAACAGUGCCGACGGCUCGCUAGUGUGGACCUUCCAGACAUCAGCCAAGGUUUACUCCUCGCCAUUCGUGUUCGAUGACCUUGCUGCCGGCGGUAGGAGAACUCUGGUGGGCCUGGCCUCUACGGACGGCACCGUCUGGGUCCUAGACAGCGAGGACGGACAGAUGCUGGCCUCUCACUCACUGCCCGGGGAACUGUUCUCAUCCCCAGUGGUGCAUGAACAGUCGCUUGUGAUCGGGUGUCGCAAUGAUUAUGUGUAUUGUUUGAAACUGACUGUCAAGCAGGAAAUGGGGGAUUAAAUGGAGUUUGAUGCAGA